ACCACUUUCACUUUUUGACAUUUAUGUAGUUGUUGAUAAAUAAUUGUGCUUCUAUUAUAAAUAUUAUAACAAAAACAAAUAACAGUUCUUUAAACAAUAAUUAGUACAGUGUUCACAACGGCCCAGGAUCCAGCUACAACUAAAUGCUCUUUGGAGAUGUCCCCUGAAAUCAAUGGAAACCCCCCAAGUGUAAUCAAACGUAAGAAAAACCGAGACAAAAAGACUGCUUCAACGAAUAAUAUGAAUUCCUUCGAUUUAAACAUGCCUAACAGUACUUAUUUUCCGUCCAACGUCCCUCCUUAUCACAAUACAAGCAUUCCAGACCUCAGCGCUUACUAUUCCUUCAUGAAUGGGACGACGAAUUCGGGGCCAAUGUCACUACCCGUGUACCCUCCGAAUUAUCCUAAUUAUUCAUAUCCAUCUAAUCCCAAUUUAAACUUUAUGGGAACGAUGAGUACGCCAAAGCAUGCCACAUUACCAAAUAAUCUAAUGAUGAAUGGGGAGAACACCGAAUAUCUGAGCUUACCGGUUGUAAAUUUAGAUCAAACUGAGGAACAUAGCAAGAGAAGGUUCAGUGAUCCAGGUCUGCCAAAUGAAAGUGAUUCCAGUUCAAAUUCAUUUGAUGAACGCAUGAUCCAAAAAUUGACAUACCAAGUAAAUGCAUUGAGAGAAAGUAAUAGGAAAUUGUCGAGGGAAGUUAUGGAGAUGAGAAUUGAGUUGAACAUCUUAAAGCAACAGCAGAGCUUAAGGCAUUAUGACAGAGAUUAUGAGCCUGGGAUGUUGUCUGACAUUAUAAGGGAGGUUCGAGAUGCUGCUAGAGUUAGGGAGGAUGCAUUGGUUGCAAGAGUAAAACACAUGAUUGAGGAGAAACAAUUAAGUAUGAAUCACAUGCAAAUGGUCAACGAAAAAAACAGAAAUAACGACAGAAUUACCAAAUUGGAAGAACAAAUAAAAAAUUUAUCCAUCAAUCAACGAGUUUCCGAUUCGGCAUCGACAUCGGCAAUCGAACAAGUAUCAAAUUCGGCCCGUCAGGUCCUAGAAUUGGAACGGGAGACUUUGGAGUUGAGACGGGAGCUACAAGAUUCGAGGGCCAAAAAGGAGGAGGCCGAUCAAAAGCUAAUUCAGUUGGACAAAAAGUACAAUACGAUUCUUCAUCGCAACGGAAUUAGUAGUAUUUCCGAUCUUUCUGAGGAUGGAAAAGCUGCUUCCAUGGAUAGUAUAUCCAUCACAACGACAUCGUCAGUCACACAACCAGCUCCAAGAGUCACACUUUCAGGACCAGUGACUGAUUUGUAAAUUCAGGGAAUUUGGACGAGAGAUUUUUCAACAAAUAACAUUAGUCCUUUAUAAUAUCCCGUCAGAUUAUAAUAACUAAUAUACUAAAUGACUGAUCAAAAAGUAAUACUUUUACAAGGAACAUUUUUGACAUGUUUGUUUAUGUAGAUUUAGACAUAUCUAGAGGUUUAACAAAUAUUUGAGAAAUAUUUAAAUCGGUACAAAAUUAGAUGGAUUUAUUUUUUAAGUAAUUUUUUAUAUUUUCCUUAUACAUAUAUAUAUUUUUUUCGAACUUCCUUGUAAAUAUUUUUAUGUUUAUUGUAAUUCUAUUAAUUCUACCCAUAUCUAACUAUUUGUUUUUGUAUAUAAUGUUACAUUGAAACUGAUUUAAUAGAUAUUAUAUGCUGUAGGUGCCUUUAAUAAUGCCUUGUUGAAUUUAUACACAUGAAUAUUUGUAUACAUAUAGAGUAUUGAAAUGCUGUUAGGUUUUUAAGACGAACGUAACUCAACUUUUUUUAGAAAUUCCCAAUGUACUUAAAAACAUUCCUUUUUAUUUUAUUAGGUUAUAAAAUGCAAGUUCUUGCUCUCUAUUGUAAACACUGUGAUUGAAACAAAUUUAUGAAAUUGAACGUUACUGAACGAGUUUGGGAAUUGAUGAUUUUUGAAAUUAUUAUAAGAUUGGCCUACGACAAGUAAUUAAAUAAAUGUAAUGUUUGAGAUAACGGUAGGGUAAGUGUCAGUAAUUGAUGAUACAUAAAUAUAUUUUUAUAACAUUU